GGUAGAAGCCGCACUCCGCAUCGAACGCGGACGACGGCCAUCUUGGAUUUCGUUCCAUUUUCAAAACGGUGAACAUUUAGAAAAAAAAGAAAGUGUGUGCUAGUAGCUUGUGGCUUUGUGUGUGUCUGUGCUAUUGGAUAUAAUAUUUUCGGAAUUGUGAUAAAAUGGCGUCGAAAGACCUAAGGACGGAACGGGUCAAGCAGAUGUUCAGCUGGACUACCGCAGAGACGAGCCCCGCGGGCGCGGGCGAGGAGAAGGAGUCCAAGAUGGGGGGGAUCCAGUUCUCUGCGCCGCUGGAGAAACAGCAGAGCACGAUGUGGCAGAAGCGCGCGCAGGCGGUGUGCGUCCGGCACGCGUACAAGCACUACGGGUCCAACAAACGGCCCAACCACGUACUCAGCAACCUCAACAUGACCGUCGCCAAGGGGACCAUUUACGGUCUGCUCGGCGCGUCGGGGUGCGGCAAAACGACGCUGCUGUCGUGCAUCGUGGGCCGACGUAAACUCAACAACGGCGAGAUAUGGGUGCUUGGCGGAAAACCGGGGACGAAAGGCUCGGGCGUCCCCGGCAAGCGCGUCGGCUACAUGCCUCAGGAGAUAGCUCUGUACGGAGAGUUCACCAUCAAGGAGACGAUGAUGUACUUCGGGUGGAUCUUCGGCAUGCAGACCAGGGAGAUCCUGGACCGGCUGCGGUUCCUGCUGGACUUCCUCGACCUGCCCAGCGAGAAUAGGAUGGUGAAGAAUUUGAGCGGUGGCCAACAACGGCGAGUUUCCUUCUCCGUGGCCCUCAUGCACGACCCUGAGCUGCUCAUCCUGGACGAGCCCACAGUGGGCGUGGACCCGCUGCUGCGGCAGAGCAUCUGGAACCACCUCGUCCGCAUCACAUCCUCGGGAGACAAGACGGUCAUCAUCACCACGCAUUAUAUCGAGGAGGCGCGGCAGGCGCAUUGUAUCGGUCUGAUGCGUACCGGUCGUCUGCUGGCGGAGGAGUCGCCUCAGGCGCUGCUCACGAUGUACAGCUGCGUCAGCCUUGAGGAUGUCUUCCUCAAGUUGUCCAAGCGCCAGGGCCAAGCCAACCAGGUGGUGGAGCUGAACGUGUCCGGUGGCCUGGGCAAGAUGUCGCGACGGGAGGAGGCGCCGUACGCCGCCGAAGACGCUCACGUCGUCGGCCUCAACUUCCACCAGUCCAAGGAGGUGCUCAUCGUGGACCACGCGCCGAGCAACGGUGAUCUGCCGGGCAAGAUGACGGAGGCUGUGACGGCGGAGUGCGAGGACUGCGGGGACUGCUUCAACUUCACGACGCGAGGCAAGAUCAAGGCUCUAGUCCAGAAGAACUUCCUCCGGAUGUGGAGGAACAUCGGCGUGAUGCUGUUCAUAUUCGCGCUGCCCGUCACCCAGGUCAUCCUGUUCUGUCUGGCCAUCGGCAGAGACCCCACUGGGCUUAAGCUGGCCAUCGUGAACCACGACGUGCGAGUCAUAGACGGCGACUGUCCCUUCAACUCCACCUGCUCCAUGAAGAACCUCUCGUGUAGAUACCUCGCGCAUCUCAAAAACCAGUCGAUAAUAAAAGAAUACUACGCGGAUCUGGACAGCGCGCUACAAGCCGUGCGCGACGGCGACGCCUGGGGCACCAUCUACUUCAACGAGAACUACACCGACUCCCUCGUCGCCAGGCUCGCGCUAGCGGACACCGCCGACAACGAGACCAUAGAAUCCUCUGAAGCGCAGGUGUGGCUCGACAUGUCCAACCAGCAGAUCGGACUCAUGCUCAACCGCGAUAUACAGUUCUCCUACAGAGACUUCGCUAAGAACCUGCUGGAGACGUGCAACUACAACCCCAAGGUGGGCGACAUCCCCAUCGACUUCCGCGACCCCAUCUACGGCGACAACAACCCCUCCUUCACUGACUUCGUCGCGCCCGGCGUCAUACUCACGAUCGUGUUCUUCCUCGCCGUCGCUCUAACCUCGUCAGCUCUGAUCGUGGAGCGCACCGAGGGUCUGCUGGACCGGUCGUGGGUGGCGGGCGUCUACCCCGGCGAGAUCCUGUUCUCGCACGUGGUCACCCAGUUCGUGGUGAUGUGCGGUCAGACGGCAUUGGUGUUACUCUUCAUGAUCCUCGUGUUCGGGGUCAAGUGUAACGGGAACAUCGCGUAUGUGGUGAUGCUGACGCUGCUUCAAGGUCUGUGCGGCAUGUGUUUCGGCUUCGUGAUAUCGGCGGCGUGCGAGCUCGAGCGCAACGCGAUCCAACUCGCACUUGGCUCGUUCUACCCCACGCUGCUGCUCAGCGGAGUCAUCUGGCCCAUCGAGGGCAUGCCCUGGAUCCUGCGCUACGUGUCCCUCUGCCUGCCCCUCACGCUCGCCACCUCCGCCCUGCGCUCCGUCCUCACAAGGGGCUGGCCCUUCAGCGAGCCCGAGGUCUACCUCGGCUUCAUAUCGACGCUCAUCUGGAUAGCGCUCUUCCUCGUGGUCACGCUGACCAUCCUCAGGUUCAAGCGCGGCUAAGCGAUGCACCCCGGCGAGCUUGUAUUAGUUGCGUGUCAAACUGAUAGCUGUCACGAUGACGUCUGUCAAACUGACAGCUGUCGAGCCGCCAUUACGACUAGCACAAGUUGCGCGCGGCGGGGUGUGUAAAUACGCGUCCGGUCGUCGUUUUACCACCGAAGCGGCGGCCGCUAGUAUGAUCGUUAGUCCAACUGUAAAUAUUAGUGUAUUUAUGAUCCCUCGACUGCCGACAGCUACAGUACCGGGAACAAUCGAGUUACCAUAGAUUAGGAUGGUGCCAUAGAUUAUUUCUGUUCACCGAAUAUAUCGAUAUCGAACCCUCGAACACGGUGCAAAUAUUUUUAACCAAUGAUAUAAAAUAUUUAUCGAAGAGCGAGUUUUUAUGGCUUUACGCAUUGUAAGCUGUACACAAAUUGUACCGCAAAAAAAAAACUGUCAAAUGUUGAGUGCGCGGGAGAAUGUUCUAUUUUCAAAAAUAAAGUUUAUUUGUACCGUAACCACGACCAACCAACAUAAGAGAGCGCCAUCGAAGCAAAGUAACUUUAAAAUAGUUUUAACUAGAUUUAGGUGUGAAAGAAGUAUAUUAAAUCGAGUGAGGAUAGUCCAUGAUUAGACUAAGUAUUUUAUAUUAUAUAUUUUUGUAUUGGUGUAUAUUUUUUACUGUCUCGAAAUUACUAGGACAAUUUAUUAAUGGUGACUUACGGUGUGGUAUCUCUUAAGUCUUUGACAAUUUCUGCUCAAAAGCAAAUCAAUAAUUAUAAAUAAACAUUUUGCAGAGAAACCUAAUAGUUACUAUUUUGCACUUUGCAUUAAAAAAUAAAAAAAUAAAAAAAACUGGAUACACAUAAUAUUUUGUCUUUUCGUUUUUUUUUCUAUAAUGUUGCCAGUAUUGCUAGUUCUCCCACCAUUUUUGUACUAUUUUCUACAAAAUGUUUAUUUAUUUAUUAUGUUUUGCGCCUCUAUUUAUAAGCUAAUAGUUAUUAUGGGCGUUGUGAAUGGAUACAAGUGUCAGACUGUGAUUGUUUUGCUAGCAUUGACAUUUUUGUAAUGACAAUUAAAAUAAAACUGUACCAAAUUA